UCCCCCACUGGCCAGGAGGCCCGCCCUAUCAUCUUGGUAUUGUCGGGCGGCCCGCCCUGUCAUUUUCUCUGUGCUGGUAUUGUUGUCCGUGCUGUUGGUUGGGAUGUGGGACUGUUACCACUUACGGCUGCUCCCGAGCGAUCACUUAUCUAAUUAUCUAAGGACGGAGGGAGUAUACUGCAAACAACAACAGAACAGCAGUAUCGGAUCUUAUUUAGUAUUCAGGGACAAACAACAGAGCUAGUAUAUAGGUAAUUGCAGAGCAAAAAUCAAGCAUCCCCAAUCCCAAUCCUCUCUUGUGUGGCUGCCUUUGCUUUGUUCGGAUUGAAGCGGUCGUGUCGCCACCGGCAGAUUAUCCGGCCGCUCUCUCCUGUCUUGUCUCCAGCAGCUGCUUGUAUUCCAUCCCAUCCUUCGCCCGCGGCCAGCCUCCAAUCCCGGCCUCGGGUGCCCUGGGGGUGCUAUAUACAGCUGCCACUGCCACUGACUUGGCCAUCUUUCCUAGCAAUCCACACGUACGUCCACUCUACUACUCUCUCGCAAACCAUAAUGCCGGUGAGCAGGAUCGCCGUGGGCGCUCCGGGCGAGCUGUCGCACCCCGACACCGCCAAGGCCGCCGUCUCCGAGUUCAUCUCCAUGCUCAUCUUCAUCUUCGCCGGCUCCGGAUCCGGCAUGGCCUUCAGCAAGCUCACCGCCGGCGGCGCCACCACUCCCGCUGGCCUCAUCGCCGCAUCUCUGGCGUACACCCUGGCCCUCAUCGUCGCCGUCUCCGUCGGCGCCAACAUCUCCGGCGGCCACGUCAACCCGGCCGUCACGUUCGGCGCCUUCGUGGGCGGCAACAUCACCCUCUUCAAGGCCGUCGUCUACUGGGUGGCGCAGCUGCUCGGCUCCGUCGUGGCCUGCCUUCUCCUCAAGAUUGCCACCGGCGGGGCGGCCGUGGGCGCCUUAUCGCUGUCCGCCGGCGUGGGCGCCUGGAACGCCGUCGUCUUCGAGAUCGUCAUGACCUUCGGCCUCGUCUACACCGUGUACGCCACCGCCGUGGACCCCAAGAAGGGCGACCUCGGCGUCAUCGCGCCCAUCGCCAUCGGCUUCAUCGUCGGAGCCAACAUCCUCGCCGGCGGCGCAUUCGACGGCGCCGCCAUGAACCCUGCCGUGGCCUUCGGCCCGGCCGUCGUCACCGGCGUCUGGGAGAACCACUGGGUGUACUGGCUUGGCUCCUUCGUGGGCGCCGCCAUCGCAGCGCUCGUCUACGAUAUCAUCUUCAUCGGACAGCGCCCGCACGACCAGCUGCUCACCACCGACUACUGAUCGCCGGCCGACCACCACCAUGCAUUCCAAUCGUUGAUGAUUCCCUUCCAUUCAACUCCUGUCCAAAUCCAAAUAAUAAGAUCCAUUUCUAGUGCCUUUUUUCUCGUUCUUGUUAAUUAUAUAUAUACUAAAUCUAUUUUCUUGGUCAAGAAAGAAAAAAAACAUGUGGAGUAUGUACAGAGUCUGCCAGUACUGUUUACAAGUUAUUGCUGGGUCGAAAUCUUUUCUUUUUUCAGACCAAAGCACAUUUAUUUUAUUAAGAGAAGGAGAGUUACUAUUCCAUGAAGAAUGAUGCAAUUUCGAGAGAACCGUCAGAACUCCGGACUCAGAGUUACGAACCACCACCAAGGUAGUGGAAAUUAAACCAAAAUUACACGCCGCAACACACAGGCGGUUAAGCACAACCAGGCAACCAGCACAGUAAAAGGCUAAAAGCCCACACCCUGCAAAUGUAGCUUUUUUUUUAAGUGGAAAGUAGGAAUUUUAUUACUUGAGUAGGAUACACCCUGCAAACAUACUUUUUUUUUGAGAGAGAGAGGCCCUGCAAAAAACAUAGCUUAGCACGCCAAGACCCCCUGAACAGAAAGCCCAGUGUGCAAAGGCCCGGCCCGCGUCACAAGGGCAAGCAUGGCCCGUGGGCUGCAUCUCCCCACAUCCUAUCCUCCUCUAUGGUGGUGGUUGUGGUGGUGGUGGUCGUCGUCGAGUCCUCAACCAAGGAAGGGAAGGGAAGGCACCCAAUCCCAUCCGAUCCCCCUCGAUGGCGGCUGUGGAUCUAUCCAAGCUGGUGAAGGAGAAGCGCUUCUGGGUGGCCUCCUUCCUCGUCGCAUGGGCAGCCGCGCUGCAGGGCCACAUGAUGUGGAUGCAGCGCCAGGAAACCUUCAAGCACAAGUUCGGCGCAGACGCCUCCGACGCCUCAUCCUCCUCGGAUUCCUCCUCCAACUAGCAAUUUUACCACCGGAUGCGCCAGAUUAGGGGACAUGUAGCAACUCUUGUCAGCCUGUCUGUGGAUUUGUUCAUACUUUGGGUCUGGGAAAUGAACCUCUGCUGCCUUCCCCUAUCUAGCAUUCUACUAGCCAUUGCCUAACAUGCAUUCUAGUACUGUAGUAGCUCUCACAACAGCUGCUGUUUUCUGAGUUAGUACAUGCACUGGGAAAAUCAGUGUCUGUGAAUGACUUCCUACCUGCUAGUGCUGCUUAUGAUUCUCAAUUAUGAAUUGUUACUGUCAAGAACUUAAUGUUGAGGCAUGAGCAGUUACCUCAAGUUAGUUAUCUGCAUGGAUCUCGCAUUGUUGAGGGCCUGAGAAGAUAGGCUGUCGCUCCAUGUGUUAUUGGAGACACUGCAAGAAAAUGCAAUUCUUUUGUUUCGCUUGACU